UUCAGUGCCCACAGAGCAGUCGGCGGAAACAGCACUGGGCAAAACGUCACUCAUGCAGGGCUGUGGUGAUAGGCAACCGACGCUAUUUGAACCAUCAGGAGCUUCUGAGUUGCCACAAGGAUGCGGAGGAAAUGGCUACUGCCCUGCGUAAAGGACAAUUCCCAGGUCGAGCUACUUUGGAGCUCUACGAUGCAACCCGCAGAGAGAUCUUUCAGGCCAUUGAUCGCCUUGCUCACGCAGUCCGGACAGGUGCAACCUUCACAUGGUUCCAUUUUUCAGGACACGGAGUCUGGUACAAUGGUUCUCUCUGCUUGGUCCCAUCCGAUGCAGACCGCAAGGAAGACUACAUUCCUGUCGACUCAAUCGUUGAGAGUUUACGUAAGCUCGUGACUCACAGAUGUCUGCAUUUGAUCACUCUGGACUGCUGCCAGACAUCGUCAGAGGAUGACUCAACAAGAGCUAGUUCCAGCUUUUGCUCUCGUGGAACAUGUACAAACAGGGAAAGACUCUGGAAGAAACUGAACAAAUUGUCACAGUCUGCCAGCGGUCAUGAGAUCUUUAUUUUCCACGCUUGUGAGAAGCACUGUGCUGUUCUUGAUGGAGAAAACCCAAAGCGCUCAAACCCCUUCUCCGGGACGUUGGCUAGAUUUUUAAAGGAAGAAGACCUCACUCUAAGUUAUGUCGUUUCACAGGUGACCCGCACCGUGGAGAAGGAGACCACUGAUGGCCAACGACCAACCGUUCACCACACCAGCCCAAUAGGAGGCAACAAUCGUGUCAUCACAGCCAAGACCAGAGACAAGAGCACUUCUGCAAGCUUUGACGAACAGUUGAACAAGUUGUCUGAGGAUUUCCUUCUCCGGAUCCAACAGUUACAGCCGAAACAGAUGAAUCAUUUCUUGAUUGUGUGCGAUGGAAUCAUUGGAUGUGGAAAGACCACGUUCUUGGACGAGCUUUCCAGGUCCAUGCCACUUGGGCCCCCUGAAGUGCAGAUUUUUCGAGAGCCCGUCGCAGAGGAUGCUGAUAACACCUGGUGGCCUUUGCUUGAGGACUUUUACGAUCACUUGCACAAACCUGGCUCCACAGAGUUUUCUUUUGAUCCCGUCCUCAAGUUGGAAGAGACAAUAUGGGAACACCACAGAAGCAUUGCAACCACCAGGAGCGCACAUGCAAUCACAGAGAGGUGUUGUUCUUCCGCGGUGCAGGUGUUCUGUGCGGCCUUGCAUGAGCAGGGGAAUUUGCCAGACAGUCAGUUCAAAGAGUUUGAGGAAAAGCUCGCUGCUAUCGAUGCAGAUCUUCGCUACGCACCAACACUCAUUCUUCAUUUCAAGAUAACGGUGAGGCAGCCAUGACGCGCAUACAGAAUCGAGCUAAAGUGGAAGGCCGGUGGUUUGAGAAAGACAUCACUGCAGAGUAUUUGCGGAAUUUGCUGGCAAAGUAUGAGAGUCUCUAUGAGGGUCGCGAGGACGUUAUCGUGAUCGAUUCGAACAUGCCGACAGAUGAGAUCAAGAGGGAAGUUGCCGACAAGCUUGAAAACAACGAAGAGAAGUACUGCAAGGUGCUCAAGGCCAAAGGCUUUCCCGAAGCCCAAGCCAGAAGACUAUUGGCCCUGAUGAUCAGUUGUUUCAAGAAUUCACCUCAGUAAACUUCCCGAAGGGUGGCUGCAAGAUCUGUACAGUGUAGCUUGUUCCAUUGUUUUUUACCUCGUUUUUUACUUCAUUGUGCAUAGACCGUAGAGCUUGGAGGGUGCACCACACAAUGUGUUGCCGCUGCUUCGGCGUCACCUGUCAGGUUCUUCCUGAAAUACAUUGCCG